AUGAAGCAAAAUGGUAAAGCGAGGAAAAAAGUACAAGAAGAAGAUGUCCAAGAAGAACAAGAUCAAGAUCAAGAUCAAGAACAAGAUGGAGUCUCUGUACACUCGCCUUGCAAAAUCCCCAAUUCCUCUUUCCGAAAGGAGAAAUCGGAGGUGGAAUUGGAACUGAGGCUGUUAGAAGCUCUCGAAAUCUAUCCUCCCGCCAAACUACGAGGGAUACAUAGACACUUUGUGCUUUACGGUUUAACAGAAUACUUGCGCAGAAGUUUCAAUCAGCCAUUCAGUGGGGAUGAUAUUCUGAAAUUGCUCAAUCGUUUCUACAACUUGGAAAUGGUGAAACCAGAUGAUGAAGACGCUGAAAUCCUGCGUCAGGAGGAAGAUUUUCGCUUGCCACAAAGUUAUUUCAUCAGUGAAGAUUCUUGA